GUUCACUUCGUCUCCUUCCCUUCUGUUUCCUGUUUUUCUGGACUAUACUUUCCUUUUCCUCUUCCUUCUCUGACAGUAAAAUUGCAAUUUGUCAGUAGAAAUGGAAGUGAUGAUGCCAUCACCGCCGUCGGAAUUUAAUUUCAUCAGUGCACCUUCUAGUCCAAAGGGUUUUGGGACUUUCUUUUACAGCGCCACUGAAGUAUCCGUCGCCGCCGAAAUUGGGGCCGGCGGUAGAGUUCCGUUCGAUUGGGAAGAGGAGGCCGGACCUCGGAAACCCAAAGAGGAUUCCAGCGGUGAUUUCGCUUUUGAUUUCAGUGGGCAGUUGGAGAUGACCCACAUCUCUGCCGCCGAUGAGCUCUUCGACGGCGGAAAGAUCAAGCCUUUGAAACCGCCGCCGAGGGUUCUGUACGAGGGGAAGGAGAAAGAAUCCCCGAAAUCUCCGCGAUCUCCGAAGUGGAGGGUUAAGGACGCGUUUUCUCCACGUCACCGGAGGAAAGAUUCCGAUUCCUUCUCCGCCGCUCUGGAACAGAGCAGGAAAGGCGAAGACGACGAAGACCCAUCAAUCCAACGGCGAGGAAGAGAAAGACGCGGAAAUCCGACAGCCGCCGGUUGGAAUUCUCGCCGGAAAAAGACAAGAUCUUUGUCCCCAUUUCGCGCAACGAAUUUGCUAAUCGACAGAAACGAAAUAAUUGAGACAGACAACAACCCCUGUUCACCGUCGUCGUCGUCGAUUGCGACGUGGUACAGAAAAUGGAGGCUGAAAGAUCUUUUACUGUUCCGGAGCGCGUCGGAGGGGCGGGCGAGCAGCAAAAAGAUGAUGAUGGAGACCAGAUAUGCAAUGCUAAAGAAGAACCAUCAAGAAGAUGUGAAGAACUCGAGUUUCCGGUCGACGGAGAGCGUGGGGUCGUCGUCGUCGCGGCGGAGAGGACCGGUGUCGGCUCAUGAGCUGCACUACACUAUGAACCGGGCGGCGUCGGAGGAGAUGAAAAGGAAGACUUACUUGCCCUACAAGCAAGGACUCUUGGGAUGCUUGGGCUUCCACCCGGCGGCGGCGGUGUCUGAUUUUUCUAGGGGUCUUGCUUCCAUGUCCAUGCCACGAAGUCGUUGAGAUUUUUCAGAAUUUAUUUGUUUUCAUUUGUAUUCAUUACAGUACUUAUAACGAUUUUUUCUUGCAACACCAAAGUGAAAUUAAAAAUAAUAAUUUGAAAGUUCGAGGGGAAUAUCACUUGUAAAGUUUUCCUUAUGAUUAAUAUUAUUAGGUCAUAUAAGUUCAUCCAUCAAUUUUGUAAUGUAUAUAUCAAUGCAGCAUUUUCAUUGGAGUUGCAUUCUACAUAAAAGUUCAAACCUCCUUCAUGUAUAUGCCGUCCGUGUACACGCGUAAAUUAUUUUUGUUGCGGAAAAU